AUGAAGUUAGAGCUGGAUAGCAAGAAGGCAGAAGUUGCUGAAUUGAAAGAAAGUCUCGACAGAGAAUUGAGAAACUUCCCUCGUGGUAUGGAACUUGCAAAGAUGGACAUCUACAAAAGUCUCGCUGACAGUGUGACUGGACUUUUUACGGCGCUGGGCAAUGUCGGGUCGGCAUUUGUGGCAGCCAAAAAUCCUGCCACCUAUGCCAAUGCCGCCAGCGAAGCUCUAGACACCGAUGACAAGGACGACGCCAAGGCCAAGAGGAGUGUCGGGGACGAAAUAGCCUAUGUUCAAGUUGGAUUGAUUAGAAUGGCCCUGGAACAACUUCAAGGUCUUUUGGAAGGCGAUGACAAAGAUGGUAUUCAAUGGAACUUGAUUACUGGAGUGGGAGAUAGUGAAAAGCAUGUAGAGAGAGACGGGAGAAAAUGGAAUUUGGUGAUGGUGAAAGGAAUGCUCAACUCGCACACCGAUCUCUUGAAAAAGUCAAGUGGUAAGAAUAAAUCCAAGACAGGAAGAAAUUGCUCAGUACUUGACGACCUCGAAAAGUUGGCCAAAAAUGCAAAGACGGUGGGCAAGGAUGGAAAAGAUUUGGUCGCUGUCCAGAAGAUUGAGGUCGCCCGGAAAGCAUCCAAACAAGCCUCUCGGCCCGCUAUGUCCCCAGUUCAGCUGGCUCUCGCAUCACCACCUGCCGUAGCCGGACAGAGUGUGAGUCAGCAUGUCGUGUCGGCUCAUCGCUUCUUAGUAGACACUGCGAGAGAGGGGCACACAACCGCCAGGAUCGCGCUCGAUCAAAUGAAGAAAGACCUUGCACAACUGCAAUCCAACGUCAGCGAGAUCACGGCCAAGGGACAAAAUCUUGCCGGAGCAAAAUUGACACUGGAAAAUAUUAAGGAAGUCUUGAAUGAUUGUAUAGAUUACGUCGUCACGUUGAAGGAUCACAUUACGCGCAUGCUGAUCUUUUUCCGCACGUUCAAAACCAGAGUGGACACGGUGAUGAUAUCCCAAAUUGAACCAUUCACAGGAAGAGUUAAGGAUGUCAUCAGUAACCAUAAAUUGAUGUUUGAUCUCAUUCUUCUGCAAACAAGCGCAAUUCAAAUAUGGGCUAGUUUCGAGCAAUUCAAAGAUAUUUCCAAAAUGUACAAGGACAUUUACAACCCUCAUCUGGUCGAUGGUCUUCAUCUCGUCGAUCUCAUGACCCGACUACCGAAAGGAUCGGAUUUUGCUAGUCAGUUGGGCAAGAUCGACGCAUGGAAGAAGGCUGUUCAAGGCCAAGUGGACCUAAUUGUUGAAAAGCAAAUAUUAGAUGUCAAGAGGAAGCUGAAUGAGGAGGAAAAAGAAUUGCUCGAGAGUCGAUUCAGGCUCCCGGACCCUCGCAAACAACAGCAGCUGGCAAUUCAACAGGGAGGCGACGAAGCCAGAAAAGAAAUCAAUUCUAGGAUCGAGGAGGUCAACCCAGAGCUCAAAUACAUGGGCAAAACUGACCAGGAUCAACGUAUUGAGGAGCUGAAGAGGGAUAUCGCGCAGCUUAAAUCACCCAGCGAAUAUGUCGCGUCCAUGCGCCGUCCAAAGAGAAAUUGAGGAGCAGAAGACCUUGACCUUGUUAGAAUUCUGCUGGUAGAGAUAAUGCCAAUUUUGGUGAUGGAAAUAAAGAUUUUCACAUUCGAUCUGCUUAUAUACCGUAAUGUUACCCGAAGUACGCUGGAAAAUGAGUUCUUUCUUAACACUUUCUU